GCAAUCCCUGCUGUUCGUUCGGGGAUCGUAGGCUUUUACAUAUCAUCCCCGUGGUGUGAUCGACUAGUCGCCGAGAACCUGCUGACCAGCCGCGAUGUACGCUCUUCUUGCUCGGGUUUGCCUGACGGCGGCUCUGUUCUGUGAGGUCUCCGCUGUUCUACCGCCAUACAUAAAACCGUGCAAGAAGAGCGAGCCAGACAUCAACGAAUGCAUCACAAACUCAAUCGAAGAGCUUCGCGAGAAACUAUCCGUAGGAAUCCCGGAAUUAGAGGCGCCUCCGAUAGAACCACUUCUCUUAAAGGAAAUUCGUCUGACUCGAGGGCCAAUCGGUGCGAGACUCGAUGUCAAUCUGACGAAUUUGAAGGUAUCUGGUCCUUCGAGAUUCAAAGUGAGGGACUUGAAAGCAGACGUGGAAAACGUGAAAUUUACCUUUAAAGUAUCCUUCGAGAGAUUGAAUUUCGAAGGGAAGUAUCAGAUCGACGCAAGGAUACUUUUGCUGAAGCUGGCAGGAGAGGGAGAUCUGACUGGGAACUUUGACAAUUAUGACUCCGACGUCGUUCUGAAAGCAAACAAAGUAUUCAGAGACAACGAUGUUUACCUGAAUUUCGAGGGGAUGAAGAUUAAAAUCAGAAUUGGAAAAGCCAAUUUACACUUCAGCAAUUUGUUUGGUGGUGAUACUGUGCUGGGUGCUGCCAGUCAUGAAAUAUUAAACAGCAACAGUGAACUGGUAGUGGAUGAAAUAACACCUGUAUUGGAGACAUCUUUGGCAGAGCUCUUCACAAAUGUUGCUAACAAAAUCACGAAAUCCUUCACGUACAAAGAAUUGUUCCCUGAUGGUUAAACGAGCCUUCAACAACAGAUAUAGUUAUUUAUAAGCAUAUUCGUGCUGAUUGUUGAGAUUCUAUAAUUAAUUUUGUUACUGAUUCCAAUACGGUUUUGGUUGGUUAUCUGUGUGAUACGAUAUUAAAACUUCUAUUAAUUAAACACGAUUCUUGAGAAUAAAUUAUUGAUCCUUUUCUAGAAAAAAA